AAGCAGCUGCUAAAUUAAAGUUUCGUAAUGAAUCACCGACUGCGCCACUAAUGUAACUAAAUCGCAAGAUCUGAAUUCCAUUGGACAGAUGUGGGAUUUGUGUAUACAAUGGGGCGUUUUGUAAAUUGGAGGUGUGGUCAUCGGAAUAGAUAAGAGGGAUUUUGUAGCGUCACACCAUUACGGCCAUGACGAUGCCGAUGCGGCCGCCGCCGCCGGCCGCUGGCGUGCAGUCGAGCCGCCCGGCGGAGAACGUGCCCACCCAGCUGCUGACCCCGGAGGAGAACCAGCGCCUGUUCCGGCUGCUGGGCGAGCGCUGCCAGACGCUGGCCACCGCCAUCGUGCAGCUGUACUGCACCAGCCCGCCCACGCACACCGCCUGGAUCCGGCACGACACGGGCGUCGUCUGCUUCGUGCGCGACAACUCGCGACGCGCCUACUUCCUGCAGCUCUACUCGGCCGACGCGCGCCUCUGGGAGCAGGAGCUCUACCAGAACUUCAAGUACAGCCGCACUCGGAAUUUCUUCCACACAUUUGAGGCUCACGAUUGCCGAGCGGGGCUCAACUUUGCCGAUGAGUCGGAGGCUGACCAGUUCGGUAGGCGCAUUGAAGAGCACCUGCACAACAAGCAGCUCAAGAAGGAGCAGCGCUUCCGGUCCCGUCAGAUGGGCGAAAGUCGCCACUCGAACGGCACCCUGCCACGCUCGGGCACCAUGCCUCAGCAGCGGCCAGCACCCACGCAACAGCUUGACCGUGGUCUGCCGCGAGGAAAGCAGAAGAGAAACAAACUGAGCAAGGCCGACAUCUCGCUGCCUACCAACUUCCAGCAUAUCUCGCAUGUUGGUUGGGACCCACACAAAGGCUUCGACCUGGAGAACGUCGACCCCAAUCUGAAACAGUUCUUCAACCGAGCUGGUGUGUCAGACACUCAGCUACAGGACCAGGACACGCGGAAGUUCAUCUACGACUUCAUCGACAAGCACGGCGGUGUGGAGGCGGCCAUCAAGGAGGUGCACCAGCUGGGUGUGCCGGGAGCGGCGCCCGGGCCGCCGCCACCGGUCCCCACUCGGCAGCCGCCGGCGUCCGGCCGGCCAACAGCCCCGCCGGCGCCGCCAGUCCGCUCCACACCGCCCCUGACGCACAGCGGCGCCGCGCCGCCGCCGCCGCCCAGUCGUACCCGGCAGGCGCCGCCGCAGCCGCCGUCCGCCGCCGCCAAACCAGGCGCUCCGGCGCCGCCGCCCCCGCCGCCAGUACCCAGUUCAGCGCCUCCACCUCCUCCGCCUCCGCCUCCGCCCCCGCCCGCGGGCGUACCGGCGCCGCCGCCACCGCCCCCGCCGCCGUCAGCGGCCGCCAAACCGGGCCUGCCCGCGGUCUCUGACAGUCGCAGUCAGCUGCUGGACUCCAUCCGGGCGGGCACCACGCUGCGGCCAGUAGCGGCCUCCAAUGACACAGGAGGCAGCGGCGGCGGCGGCGGUGGUGGUGGUGGCGGCCGGGAUGACCUGAUGGCACAGAUCCGCGGCGGCGCCACGCUGCGACACGUCACCGACAAACCGGCGCCUGCGCCCGCGGCCUCCGAGGCGCCGCCGCCCGGCCUGGCCGGCGCCCUGGCGCGCGCGCUGGCCGACAGGAAGCGCGUCAUCCACUCCAGCGACGAAGACGAUGAUGACGACGAUGAGGAAGACGAUGAUGACGAGUGGGAGGACUAGAUGGAGCCGGAGGACGCUUGGGAUUGGUCGUCGCCGUGCUUGCCGCGGUGAGAUCUGUCUGAGUCGCCAUCGUGCCUUCCCAUCCACCGGUGGGGCCGUUCCCAGGGUGCUGAAGCCCUGUCUCGGCCACAGUUCAGCGAGUAUUGGGGCGGGAGUAUUGUGUUCGACCUCUGUAACGAUUGCAGUGCCCUGACGUCGGGGUUACAGUCUUAUUGCUUUGCAAGAUCGUAAGCAGGUUAAUCGCGGCGAAUCUAUAUUAAAGCGUUUGCUGAGUGGUGUGAUUGAAUGAAAAGGGGAUGAUUUGUUCAUUUACCACUGAGGCGAAUUUAAGGUGUCAGAGGAAUGUAUGUUGUAGCACUUUGUUAACGAUAUAUUAUAUAAUGCAUAUUCCUUGACUAGUCCUGUCUUUGGGGUAUUUUCGAAAGACGAUGGGCAAGAUGGCGAAUAUUGGCGGUAACAUCUAUGGUUUGUGAAUCAUACUUGCGAAAUAAAUCGUGUUCAGUGAUUAAAAUUUAUAUCGUAGUCAUAUACUCACUGUCGUAUUCAUCUAGGUAAGAAAAGUUCACUCAUACUUCCAUAUGAAUUGUGUCUCACGGUGACCUCUUAUUCACAGGAGAGAUAUUUGUAUCACGCCCAUAUUGCCUCUUCAAGUCGUGGGAACUCGUUAAGUACGUUUAAGGUUUAGGUAAUCCCGGUGUGGAAUGCUAUGCAGUGGCUUGCAAAGCUACCAUCCAUGGGCCUUAAGAUUUUUCGAAUGACGAGAUUCGUCCCGAAAGUUUUAUUUUUGUUUGGGCUAGUCGCCGAUUCCACCUCACUGAUUGUGGACAGUUAUGAGCGACCCUAUCCUUGGUGUAUCGAAGGGCUAGCCGACACUUGACACAGCCAUAAUUUGUCGUCCAGACCGGAGGAUCAGAUCCGGUGUCAUGAUGGUUGCCUAGCAACUGAUGGUGUUACAAAUUGGCUAAGAAGUUUUGUCAAACCUUGAAAAAUGUUUAGGAUCAACAUGAGCUGAUUGCACAACUUAUAUGGCCUUGGAUUGCACGACAGACUGGAAGACAAAUCAGUAGCGCCGCCCAUGCAUGUAGGGACAUAUGCGUAUAAAAAUAGGCAUUUGCGAAAAUUUCACAGUAAACAUUCCGUUUAGUUUCAGGAACUGAGUACGUGAAGGUUUGAGUUCCAGAAGCAUCGCAAAAGGAUCAGCAAUGUAUUACUAUUCCAGCACUUCAAGAGGUAGCCGCCACAUCGAGCAAAGUCAAGGAGGUGGAACGUACGACAUGGACUUCUACGCGACAUCGUACUCUCUCGCUCACAAUAAGCCGGCCUACAAGCCGAACCCGCCACUCAUCCGGAACGGAACUGGCUUCAUCCGCUCUCUGGUGCCAACUGGUGACAUCGGCGUAAUGGCCGGAGCUGAGGUGAAGGCCCUCACCAGUGGGCUGUGCCGGUCCGCGCUGCCCGAGCGGCACCCGCCCUGGGUGAUGCACGACGGCCGCGAGCCCCUGCCGGCCACCGUCAACGACAGCACCGCGUCUGGGUACGCCAGCAACGCCACGCCCACGCACCAGCUGGUCAAAUUUCCCAGGGACUGGAGGCAGCCGGACAGCCGGGCAGAAACGUUUCCCAAGCACCAGCCACUGGCGCGACAGCACCUGGCUAAGAACGAGCACAACGACUACGUCUCCGAGUACCACGCCAUCUUCAAGCAGAAGCCCUUCCACGGGGACCUCUCCGGCACUCGCUGUCCGGAGAACCCAGAGAUCAUCUGCAGCACGGGCUUCACGCACGAGCGCGGCGCCGAGGGCGGUCCGCAGGCGCGUCAUUUCGCCACACCGCCCACCGCCUACCAGAGCUACUUCUCCACGGCGCCGCUGGGUCCCGGCGCUCAGCUGCCCUCCACCAGCACGGACACCAGGGACGUGGGCACGGGCUACCCCAACCAGCGGCCGGUGACGGUGGCCGGUCAGCUGCGGCCUCCGCAGACCAAACACCAGCAGGACUUCGGCAACCCGGCCGACCGGGAGCCCGGCGCCAUCCUGCUGCCCACCAAAAUCAACAGCUCCGGCUUCAACUCCAACAACCCCAUCAAACAGCUGCAGCUCGACCGGAGGACGUUCUGCACCGACUACACGGAGGCGUUCGCCGACCGCACGCCGCAGGGCGCCGACCGCGAGGGACACACCACGGGCAACAUCACGGCGCGCGUACAAACCUUCUACCCGCUGGCCUCGUUCCGACAUCGCUAUCAGGACCACGGCGACGCCGAGAAGCGGCCCGAACGGCAGGCGUACCCGCAGCGCUCCUGGGCGGCGCGCUCAGGGCCGGGCACUAUUGGAGCACAGCGCUCCGACGGCCCGCUCGCCGAGGUCGCUGGGUAGGACGGAGGCCACAGCGCGGCCUCAGGCUCCCUCCGACCGCAAAGGAACGUGCAUGAAGUGUCCACGUGUUUAACUCAUAGUCCUUCGUUAUCCAAUCGAGACGGGUCCACGCGAUAUUUACGCCACAGUUCAGUUCAGAAAGCCUACUAUGCAUUUCAUCAUUAUUGGCGAAAGCACCUGGUAGAGAAAACUCUCCGUAGAAAAUAAUUGCUGCCAUAUCGCUCCAAAUAAACUACGAAAUUAGCA